AUGUUUGAAAAUCGCACGGAGCGACCGUACAUUGAUGGUGGACUUUUACCGCCAACUGAACGCUACGUUUUUGAGCAGAUGCACUUUCAUUGGGGAGAGAGUGAUAGUGUGGGUUCUGAGCAUGUCAUCGAUGGAAAAACCUAUUCAAUGGAAGUCCAUUUGGUCCACUUCAACUUAAAAUAUGGCAAUUUCAAAUUGGCAAUCAAUAAAAAAGACGGUGUAGCUGUGGUUGCCUUCUUUAUUCAAGCUUCAGAAUAUGAAAAAUGUGAAUUAUUCGGCAAAAUCACCGAUCAAAUCCACAAUAUUCGCGAAUUAUAUUCAAAAACACCGUUGGAAUCAGACUGUUUAGAAUGGAUGUCAUUACAAGAGCUGGAUAAACAUUAUUUCACCUACCAUGGAUCAUUAACGACUGAGCCAUAUAAUGAGUGUGUCACAUGGAUAAUUUACCGCACGCCAGUGUUUGUUUCAAAGCAACAAGUUGCUGCUUUCCGUGACUUACAGUCUACUGACAACACGAAUAAAAUUACGAAAAAUUGUCGCUCCAUUCAAACACCUGUGCAGAUGCCGCCGGUUAUUUUCACCGGUACCGUCUAG